AUGAAUGAAAAAGAAAGAGAAAGGCAUCUAAAAACUGUCGAACCAGCCGAAGUUGCUUGUUUGAGCUCUUCUACAAGUCCUGACAGCUAUUUACCGAAAUACAGCGAAAUCCCCUAUUCUCAUGUUGACAAUAUGGAGAAAGGUUGUUUAUGUUUACAUUACGAUCCAGUUCCUCCAUACUCAGGAAGCAGACACCAAGAAGCGUCUACCAACAUGGCAGGAGGAAAUAUAUGCUCUAUUUCUUUACGAAAAGUCUUGACGGCAUUAUUGUGGUUAAUUUUCUGGCCGGCAAAAAUUGUGAGAAUCCCCGAAGCACAACGCAGACAGGAAAAUGAAACUGCUCGGCUUAGUUUUUGCUUUAUUCUUUCGGUCAUAGUAAACUUUUGGUUUUCUUACAAAUACCUUGUCCCCUUUAUAAAGGAAUCGAUGAAAGAAUCUGUAGGGGUAAACUUUCAAGCUACUGUAGCAGCUGUUCUUGUCGUCAUGGCUUUCUACAUGUUUCUAUAUGUUUGUUCAUUGUUGCUGGAUUUUAUUGCUUUAGUGCUUUCUGGGAUUGCUUGGAUUGUUUCUUGGAUUGUUUCUUGGAUUAUUGCUGCUCUUGGUUUCAGGAUGUCGUCGGAAAGAAACGACUCGACGGAUGGUAACUGGAUCCCACUAAGCACUAUGCCGGCAGAGUCUGAAAAUCAAUCCAACGAUCGUAGUGAUAAUACUGCCGAACAACCGUCCUCUGAACAUACCUCUGAACAUACUGAGCAAUCUCCAGGGUUACGCCAGGAACCGGGUCAGUCUAGGGAUGUUGAAAGCGGUGGGAAAUGA